GAUCCAAUGCGUGGGCCACGAAAACUAGAGGUUAUGGAGAUCAAAUCUAGACAAAUCACUAUUUGCUGGGAACCAUUUGGAUAUAAUGUCACACGUUGCCAUCGAUACAACCUCACAGUCCAUUACCGUUACCAGGCUGGAGGACAAGAGCAAGUGAGAGAAGAAGUGAGCUGGGAUACAGAAAGUUCACAUCCCCAGCACACAAUUACUAAUCUAUCACCAUACACAAAUGUCAGCAUCAAAUUAGUACUAAUGAAUCCCGAAGGACGAAAAGAAAGCCAAGAACUUGUAGUACAAACUGAUGAAGAUGUCCCAAGUGCUGUGCCACUUGAAUCCAUUCAAGGGAGUACCUUUGAAGAGAAGAUUUUUCUUCAAUGGAGAGAGCCAGCGCAAACAUAUGGUGUGAUUACUUUGUAUGAGAUCACCUACAAAGCAGUCAGUUCCUUUGACCCAGAAAUAGAUUUAUCCAAUCAAAGUGGACGAGUCUCAAAGCUAGGAAAUGAAACGCACUAUCUCUUUUUUGGACUGUAUCCCGGCACUACCUACUCUUUUACCAUCAGAGCCAGCACAGCUAAAGGCUUUGGACCUCCAAUCACAAAUCAGUUCACCACUAAAAUAUCAGCACCUUCUAUGCCACCAUAUGAACUUGAAACACCUUUGAAUCAAACUGACAGCACUGUGACAGUCUUGCUGAAACCUGCACAGAGCAGAGGCGCUCCUGUCAGGUACUGGGGGAAAAUUCUUUAUAAAAUUAAACCCAAAUUGAUUAAUUUUUUGAACGUGGGAAUUUUCUACACAGCAAUCAGUGUCUAA